CAAUCCUGCAGCUCCUGAAGCCUCUUCGUCGCCCUCCUCUCCAACUCCGCUUUCGGUUCAUUCUUGCGCGGCCUGCUUCGCCUGAGCCACUCACUGUCGCUCACUGGCAAGGCGAUAUCUUCACGUCGAGUCCAAAUGGCUGCGUCCUCAUUUGAACCGUCCACGGGCGCGCCCGGUCUGACGCUCGUCACGGGUUUGGCCGGGCACAGCGACCGAGCGUGGUCGCUUGCGUGGAAUCCGACGAUGCCAAUUCUAGCCUCGUGCUCUUCAGACAAGGACGUUCGUCUCUUUUCCUAUCGCUUCCCAAAGAUUGACCCGACGUCAUCGUCGGACGUCGACAUGGCCGACGCUGGUCAAAAAGGCGAACAGAGCAAGAAACCUCUCGCUCCCACGUUUGAGCUCAAGGAGACGAUUCCCACGGGCCACCGGAGGACAGUCCGGGAUGUGGCCUGGCACCCGUCGGGAAAAUCACUGGCCACCGCAUCGUUUGAUUCGACCGUCGGAAUUUGGGAGCGAGUCGCCGAUGUCAUGGCCGCUGCUGGUGGGGGACAAUCACGGCAUGAUGACGAUGAAGACGAAGUGAUGGCAAGGGGUUCCGAAAACAAGGACGAUGGCGGGGCAGAGUGGGACUGCAUUGGGACCCUCGAGGGUCACGACAGUGAAUGCAAGGCCGUCGGCUUCAGCUACACGGGCGGUCUUCUGGCCAGCUGCUCUCGCGACAAGUCCGUCUGGGUGUGGGAGGUCCAAGGCCAGGCCGAAUUCGAAUGCCUCUCGGUGCUGAUGGAGCACUCGCAAGACGUAAAGACACUGGCCUGGCAUCCCAAAGAGGAGCUGCUCGCGUCCGCGUCGUACGAUGACACCAUCAGGCUGUACGUCGACGAUCCCUCUGACGACUGGUUCUGCUAUACAAUCUUGACGGGCCACGAAGCAACCGUCUGGAGCCUGGCCUUUUCCCCCUGUGGCAACUUCCUGGCCUCCGCAUCGGACGACUGCACCGUGCGCAUCUGGCGCAGGCUGACGGCAGCGCAGGCCGAGGAGAGGGGCCUCAAGGCGAACCCAAAAGGUCCAGGGAGGGAAGGAGAUCGAUGGCACUGUGUGCGCAUCAUCAAAGGCUGGCAUACACGAACGAUAUACAGUGUGUCAUGGGGCGGCAUUAGCUGUCUAGAUGAAGACCAGCAAGAAGGUCUCUCCACGUCACUGGGCAAUAUCGCCACGGCCGGAGGCGACGGUCAAAUUGUCGUAUUCCAGGUCUCGCUCUCCGACUCCGAGGCCUCGAUGCAAAGCGGGCAAAAGGGCGGCCACCAGCAAGUGGAUCUCGCUCCCAAGGUGGAACUCAUUGCCCGGCAAUACGAGGCACAUGGCGAUGCCGAUGUCAAUUGCGUCUGCUUUGCCCCUACAAAGCUCCAACGGCUUCGCUCAUUUAUUGAGGAAGAGGAAGAGGCAAAGAUCAAAAUUAAGGAGCUGAGCGAGUCGGAGAUUGAGCACGAGCACCAGAGGAGCAGGCUUGAGCGGGGCACCAGCGGGGCAGAGCACGGCGACGACGCGGUGAUGUCACUGGGCGGUCUAUUGGCCAGUGCAGCAGAUGAUGGGACCCUGAAGGUGUGGUCGAUUCCUAGAGUUCAAGUCUCAUCUCCUGUAGUAGACAAAGCAACAUAGAUAGAGGAGUGAAUGAUGAACUAAUUAGAGCAACAU